AUGUGGGGUCGAGAAGUGCAUUCUCACCGAGUGCUAAUAACCAUUAGGACGAAGUUCAUGGCCCGUGACGUACACAUUAAUAGUUACCUUAUUGUGGCUACUUGUGGGGGCAAGGCUAAAAGGGAAGUCUCCUUGGAAGAGUUAAGGGACCACAUUCACCAGUACUAUAUUCCUCUUGGACGACAGUUCAUGGUGCUGUUCCCUGAAGGAGGCUUUCUGCAUAAGAGAAGAGAGAUAAGUCAGAGGUUUGCUGAGAAAAACAACCUUCCAAAGCUGGAGUACGUAUCAUUGCCUCGCGCUGGAGCUAUGAAGGUAAUCAUGGAAGAAGUCGGACCACACAGAGACCAAGCUGGCACAUCCAAAAGCGACGAUAGAAAAGACAACAACUUCAACCAGAAUAACGUGAAGAUCCUGGACACGAAGUCGGGGGAUAAUAUCGAAUGGAUCCUGGAUGUGACAAUCGCUUACCCGGAACGAGUGCCUCUACAUUUGGCGGAUGUGGUGUGCGGAUUUCGACCAGCCUGCACUACCCAUAUACACUACAGAUUGUAUCCUAGCGCUGAGGUGCCCUCAGACCCCGAAGCUAUGACCACCUGGCUGUACGAUCGUUUCAUCGAAAAGGACAAAAUGCUAGAGGAGUUCUACCGCACUGGGCAGUUUCCGCCGAAAGGAAACACGCCCCUAGUGACGAGACCAGUGAGACAGGACAACGUACGAUAUUUCAUUUUGCAUUUAUUCUUCAUAGCGUCUACCUUUAUUCAAUAUAAGUUGUGGUGUGCUAUGUGGAGUUGUAUUUGGUAA